AUUUGCCACUGCUUCUGGGGGAGUGGGGUCGCUGUUCUGAGUGUGAGCGGGGGCUCGGGAUCUGCAGAAAAUGAUCCACAGUCUGUUUCUUAUAAACUGUUCUGGUGAUAUAUUCUUGGAGAAGCACUGGAAGAGCGUUGUGAGCCAAUCUGUGUGUGAUUAUUUCUUUGAAGCUCAGGAGAAAGCAGCUGAUGUUGAGAAUGUUCCCCCUGUCAUCUCAACGCCCCACCACUACCUCAUCAGCAUCUACCGGGAAAAAAUCUUCUUUGUGUCUGUCAUACAGACAGAACUGCCACCACUCUUUGUAAUUGAAUUCCUGCACCGAGUAGCAGAUACUUUCCAGGAUUAUUUUGGAGAGUGCUCUGAGACUGCAAUUAAGGACAAUGUGGUUAUUGUGUAUGAGCUUCUAGAAGAAAUGUUAGACAAUGGCUUUCCAUUGGCAACGGAAUCAAAUAUCUUAAAAGAGUUGAUUAAACCUCCCACGAUUCUGCGCUCUGUUGUCAAUUCCAUCACAGGCAGUAGCAAUAUGGGCGAAACACUUCCCACUGGACAGCUGUCCAACAUUCCUUGGCGCAGAGCAGUGGUAAAGUACACAAACAACGAAGCCUAUUUUGAUGUAAUUGAAGAAAUAGAUGCAAUUAUAGACAAAUCAGGUUCCACAGUCUUUGCAGAAAUUCAAGGUGUCAUUGAUUCCUGCAUUAAGUUGUCAGGAAUGCCUGAUCUUUCUCUUUCAUUCAUGAACCCGAGGCUUCUGGAUGAUGUCAGUUUCCAUCCCUGUAUUCGGUUCAAGCGUUGGGAGUCUGAAAGAGUGCUCUCAUUUAUUCCUCCAGAUGGCAACUUCAGACUGAUAUCCUACCGUGUGAGCUCCCAAAACUUGGUAGCAAUUCCUGUGUAUGUGAAACACGUAAUCAGUUUUAAGGAGAACAGCUCUUCAGGGAGAUUCGAUGUUACAAUUGGACCUAAACAGAAUAUGGGGAAGACAGUGGAAGGAGUCAUUGUGACGGUUCAUAUGCCAAAAGCUGUACUAAACAUGAACCUUACUUCCACACAAGGCAGCUAUACAUUUGAUCCCGUCCUUAAAGUGUUAACUUGGGACAUUGGCAAAAUUACCCCUCAAAAGCUACCAAAUCUUAAGGGCAUAGUGAAUCUACAAUCUGGAGCCCCCAAGCCAGAGGAGAAUCCCAGCCUAAACGUUCAGUUUAAGAUACAACAACUAGCUAUUUCAGGAUUGAAAGUAAAUCGCCUUGACAUGUUUGGAGAGAAAUACAAGCCUUUUAAAGGUGUCAAGUACAUCACAAAAGCAGGAAAAUUCCAAGUCCGGACAUAA